GUGCCCAGCCAUGGCUUAUAUACGCAAAUUGCUCAAGCCCUACUACCAAACCCAACAAGAUGUUCAAGUUUGUUGUCCUCGCCGUGCUCGCUCUGGUUGCCUGCGUCGCUGCCAAGCCCGGAAUUGUGGCCUACUCGUCGCCCUAUGUGGCAUCUCCGUACGUGGCAUCUCCGUAUGUGGCCUCCUCGUACGUAUCAUCGCCCUAUGUGGCAUCGCCAUAUGUUGCCUCACCUUAUGUGGCAUCACCGUACAUCGCCUCGCCCUAUGCUGCCGCCUACAGUGCAGCUCCUCUGCUGCUCCGGAAGUAGAUAAAUUCAGCCGGCAAA